AUGAAUCCAUCAAUGAAUUUGAUCAAUGCCCAGGUGCAUUUUUUGGAGGACCACCUGGUCCUUGUACAUAUCCCUCUGAGCCUGUAUCACUAUUUCUUCAAGACUAUACUGGGAAUACUGUUUGAUGAAACGCCUGCUCUGGACUGCCUUCAAGCGAGAGAGGACAUUGAGGAAAAUGCUCAGGAUGAACUGGACUCGACCUCUGAUCCAGCCUGGUAUCGAGAACCUGCGUUUUUGAAUGUCUCUAUCACACCAGUCGAGGUGUCAAUCAUCUGCCCCAAACGUCUUGUGAAGAGAUACUUGGAUCCAGUCCUGGAACAGCUCGGUCAGAUCAAUCACUCGCUUCGUGAGAGCGUUGAUAUCAGCAACCAUGAAUACAUCGCCAUGCAAGUCCUCGGCCAAGGCCUUGAAGCUGGCAAACGAGUGUUAGAACUCACCAGCCCACUGGCCAUGGCAGGAAUUUCCAUCUUCUUCAUCACAACCUACUUCUCCGACUAUAUUCUCGUUCCGCGGCGUCACAAAGCCAGCGUUAUCUCAGCCCUUGAAAGUAAAGGAUUCCAAUUUGAAAAUGCCAAUGAUGCAUUCGUCAGUCCUCUCACUCCGACCGCUGAACGGAAACUCAGCGACGCCAUGUCCCCCGUCACACCACCUCCAUCCACCGUGGCCGAGCUCCAAACUCGCACUUUUCAAAACCUUCGAGCCAGACACAUCUUUCCCACCGUAGACGACAGCAUCCGUCUGGUGCAAUGUGCGGUUCACCAUGAGUACUAUUCUCGAGAAAGCUCACUCUCAAUCCUCCGGGAGGCACUGAUCACCACACUGGUCGUCGAUGAUCCUCGCUUCCUCUCGUUAACCCUUGCCGCACUGGACUCGUCUGCUUCGUUGCUUCUCGAGAAGCGUCUCCUGCCCCGCUUUGCCCGGCUCUCGCAGGAUGGAAACGACAAGGACUUGCUGCUCGGCGCACACGGGGAUACUCUGGUCCCGAUCAUGCUGGACCUGCGUGACCUGCCGCUCGAGGCUUCGGGCAUUGUCUGCGGCGUGGCGGGUCGACUCGCCGAAGCCACAAGCUGCCCUCCAUCAGCAAUCAACAGCGAAGAUUCAAGCGAGCCGGGCAGCACAACCCAGCAAGCAACGUCUGCAUCGAAGGUUUCCAGGGAAAUCAGCACACGCUUGACGCUGGGGUCGAGCGUCACUCCCAGCCCGCUUUCCCACCAUUUGAAGCCCGACGUGGAUCCCUCGGCGGAUGCGGUUGAGAUCAGCUUUUUGAGUACCGCCCGUGCAGGUACGAUUAUUGUGGGAGUAGACGAGCUGCAGAGAGCUGUUGAUGCCUUGGAAGCGGAGAAAAAAAGCAGGGGUCUACUGCAGGUGACCCGUCAGAUGAGUCCAGCGGACUGGGACUCGGUGUGA